ACCGUCAUUUUUCUCUCCUCCGUUUAUUUUCCGUCAAUCAAAUCCCUCAAUUCACACACAUAAACUCCGUUAAAGCUCCGUCAACUCCUCUUUAACGUCGCUGUCUGUAAAUUCAACUUUCGCCGCAAAAACGACGAAUAAAUAAAGAAUCGAACGAUCGAUCGAUUGAUCGUGUUCAUCAUAACGCAUCAGAUUUUAGUGAUUUGUGCUUGUGGUGUACAGUUGUUGUGUUGUGUAGUACUUGUUAGAGCGUUAACUACUUACUGAUAUGAUCGGAAAUUUGUCAACCUCAAACAUUGAAAGGGAAAUGGCCACAUUAUGCAGACGGGAAGUCGUUUUUAAAAAUGGCUCAACGAUCUUCCAGAUAACGAACCACUGGUGUUGCACAUUUUGAAGAAAUGAUGAUCACUGUAAUUUCAAAAGUUAAAGAACGAAAUCCGUAAUCUACAUGCUACCAUGAGGACGAUCCGUGUCAUUUACUCUAAAUAAGAAGGACUAGCAAUUUCUUCAACACCUCGUUUUGAGUAUCGUAGGUUACUUCAGGUAGGUGGUUUUUAGGUUUUAGUGUAAAUACAAUUUAGCUUUGUAGAUAAAUGGCAUCAAAGUGGGUCAAAGUAUCAGACGGUGAUAGUGCAAUCAUUGUUAGUCCUAAAAGGAAAAGCGCAUCUCAAGUAGCUAGAGCUAGCAACCGCGCGUUAACUGUGAGGCCUAGCCCGUUAUCGAAUCAAACCGGAAAGAGAAAGAGAGAUGAAAGCUUUAAGUGUUUCUCAUCUAGAAAAAGUUUACUCAAGAACUACUUAAAUUUUACAAAAAGUGGAGUACUCAAACAUUUGCUUUUCUCCCAAGAUGGUCAAUGGAAUGAUUUUUCCCAAGAUGUUAUUGACUUGGUCAAGGAAGAUUUCUUGGCUAAGAAGUUAUCAAUUGAAGUGAAGUUUAACGGGCGUCAUGUAAUGUUAGAUAUCUUGCAUAUGGUCGAAGUAGAUUUGAAAACUGGUGUACAGAAACCUAUAGCAUGGAUCGAUGACACAGGUAGUUGCUUUUUCCCUGAAUCAUAUUCUAGUUAUGAAAGUCAUCAAUGCGGUAAGUCCGAGGCACAAAAUAAUGUAGAACUUGCUGAAUUAGAGUCUUCUAUUACUCCUGAAAUUAAAUUGCGUGUCGAGAUUGAACUUAAUGGACUAAGUAACAAUAAUUUCGAGGAGUGCAUGGGCGAGUCAAAUGUCCAAGAGUCAAAUACUAAAAGGGCCAAAGUUGACCACAACUUAAAUGAACGUCGUUGCAAACAACUAGAUUCAACAGCUGACCAAUUUGUUGAGCAAAUUCAACAGAGUGAUGAUUGCAAAACUUUGGACCCUGAAACUGUCAGAAACAUGUUUAUCAAGGACGUUGAUCCAGCGUUGAAAGUUGAGAUAGUUGAUGUCAAGAAAUGUACCGGUGAUAUUAUGGAAUCAAAGCUAGAGCUUUUCUUGAAGCAACUUGAAAUUACACAAAAGCAACGUGGGAAUGCAAAUGUGAAAUAUGCCUGGUUCAUGUCUCCCACAGAUGUGAACUCUAGCACUGUGGUUUAUGGGCUCGGACAUGAUGGGCCCAAACUUGGAAGAUAUGGGUAUGGGGUCCACCUUACAGCUGUUAACUCUCCGGACAACAGUGCUACUAUUUGUGAUAUUGACGAAAAAGGAGUAAGAUGCAUGGUGUUAUGCCGUGUGAUAUUGGGAAAUACGGAACUUGUUUUACCUGGAUCUAAACAAUUUUAUCCAAGUGACGAGUCGUUUGACAGUGGAGUGGAUAAUCUCGAUAACCCGAAACAUUAUGUUGUUUGGAACAUGAAUACAAAUACCCAUAUCUAUCCUGAAUAUGCUGUCACUGUCAACACAUCCCCAAUCGCUCAAGGGAAUCUGAAUAUAACAACCCAAGAUCCCGAGGGACCCAUGCAAGUAGAUUCCUCACCUAGCAAACCGGAGCACGUGUAUGUGGAAAAGGACCCGUGUGUUGGAUCAAGCACCUCUAAGGCUCCUAAAUCUCCUUGGAUGCCGUUCUCUAAGCUGUUUGAAGCUAUUUCGGAUAAAGUAGCUCCAGAUGAUAUGAAGCUAGUGCAUAUCUUAUAUGAGUCUCUUAAGGGAAAGAAAACGAGCCGGGAAGAGUUUAUCAGGAAGCUGCGAGCAAUUGUCGGGGAUCAGAUAUUAAGGUCUACUAUAUCCAGUCUUCAGUCCUCCAGGGCUUAAGUCGAUUGGUCUUGGAUUUUUGCUGAAGUUGAUUACAUCGACGAGUAAUCAUCCUUAUUUUGCAAGACAUCAGAAGUUAGGAAGUGAUUUAAAGAAAUUUAAGGUGGCAAAUAACUCCAAAGAACUCAUGAUGUCAGUUUGCUUUUGGUAUUUCAGCUUUGUAAAUCUGGGGUUUUCCAAUUAGAUCGGUAUUUUGAGUUUGCUCUAUGUUUAGAUUAGGUUAAACCAUAAGGAUCUAUAUACAUUGAGUUGUUAGAUAUCAAUCUCUCCAGCCAUCCUCUCUAUAAGAUGAUCUUGCAAAGUGGUUGCGUCA